CAAGCGACCGUCCGGCACCACGGACAAUUGUGGUUCCAGGCGAGUCGGGCGAUCGCUUCAGCUAGCUUCUGAGACGCAAAUGUGGACCUCAGAGGCAAGCGUCUGAGCGUUUCGAGGCAUGCUUAGGAGGAUAAACCACGUGUUCCGUCCCAACCGUCACGGGCAAAGAGAGCGGGACGGGUUCGGGCCGGGCUACCACAGCGCCUGUACCGUCAGGCUGGUCCGCAGCACCUCCACGCCGCCGGCGGGAGAGAGGACGCGAUCUUCCGAGGGCGUCGCGUUGAAACGGAGCAAGAGCGCCGUGAGCGCGGAGUCCCCCUUGUGCUACUACCACAGGCGAGAGGACCGCGUGUGGCUUCACUCCCACGAGCAGAACUGCCUGCAGUACCUGCAAGCGCUGGCGGCUCUGCGGCGGCGCUACACAGAGAGUGUGAGCGACGUCAAGGCCACGGUGGCCUCCAAGAAGAAAGAAAAAAAAACAGUAUCGAGAGCGAACCCCUCGGCGCCGCCCGUGCCCAAUGUGGAGGACACGCUGCGCUUCCUGGAUGAGGCGAUUGCGAGCUGUGACAGUGAACCUCAGCGCAAACCUUACGUGGAUGACGGAAACGCUGACGUGGACUUCAUAGCGGCGUCCAGCUCAGCAGAACACGACCUCCACUCCAACUGGGUCUUGCGGGUUCCUCGGGCGGCAGGCGACCCUGACGCGCAGCGGCGGGAGGUUCUCGCCCGUGCCAAAGAAAAAGCCCUCGAUAAGAAAAACGAGAGCGGGUCGGCCAGCGGCGGCUCGCGCCUGCAGAGGAACCCCAUCCAUUUACCCAAAGCGGUGGAGAGUGCCCUGCAGACGCUUCGCUUCAAGUCCAAAAAGUCCUGAAGAUGCUGAAGACUCUUGAUGAUUGAUGCUCAUUUGAAGAAAAAGACAACUUUUUGUGCUUUGUUUUCUGGGGGGAGGAAACACUCCUGGUAGGUCAGGGGUAAAGGUAGUCCACUAUUUUUCCAGUCACCUUUUUUGAGUUUGUAUUUAUUUGACUGUAAAUCCAAGUUGUUCGGUGUUGAACCGACACAUAUACAUAUAACCGAGCGAGCCUGCUGCUUUGUGCUCGGCAGAGGUGAUUACAAACCUUCCUGACACUUUUUCUUAUUGUAUGUCAGAAGACUUUACCCAAAGAAGUGUCAAAGUAGACGAGCACGUCAAUAUUAGGAUGGAUUUUUUUUUUUUCCC